AAUGAUGGUUUGGCCAGAGGUUUUGUGUUCGAUGAUUGGAUACGCGAAUUUGUGCAGGGACCAAACUAUGUGGUCAAAUCAUAUCCAAAAUUCUGUACGCGAGGAUAUGCAUUCACAAAGAAAGGUCAUUCUAAGACAACAUAUGAUGCUGGUGUUUCAUCUUCUUCCGGUGACGAUGUCUACUACGGCAACAUAAAAGAAAUAUUAGAAAUCCAAUUUCCUGGAAUGGUUGGAUUGCGUUGUGUAGUAUUCUAUUGUGAUUGGUAUGACACCACCCCAGAUAGAGGAGUGAAGAUUGAUGCGUUUGGUGUUAUAUCGGUUCAUUCGCGGCGGAAACUUCAAUAUUAUGAUCCCUUCAUUCUUGGUUCGCAAGCUGAUCAGGUGUGCUACAUCAGUUACCCUCGGGUGACGUACAGAGACGAUCCAUGGGUCACAGUAACGCAAAUCAACCCAAGAGGACGAUUGAAUGGAAGUUCUGAUGAUGAUGAACCAUUGCAACCAGAGUCUACCAGCAACGCCCAGGCAGUUGAAGAUUUGGCAGAUGUUGAAUUCGUUGAGAAUUUUACUGAGUUUGGACUUGAUGCUGUUGUACAUUCGGAGCCAGAAGCUGAGGUUGGGGAGUUUGAUGAAGAUUCAGAAGAUUCGGAUUAGGUUUUUUUUUUUUUUUUUUUU